UUCCGAAAAAGCGCAUCAGUCUGUUUUGUAUUUGUUUGAGCGCGUAUAAGGUGCUGUUUUGAUUGUAUCAAAAGAAAGAAACGUCUACGGUCAUAUAUCAUUUUAAUUAGGUCAUUGAUAAAGUUUUCGAUACUGUUUGUAAAAUGAGUAAAGUAGACAUAAUCAAUAGCGAACCGACUGUAAAAGAGGAAUUGAAUAGCACCAGUAAAUUCGCAGAUGUAGCGGACGCUUUGGGACACGGAAAUGGCUUGGACCAUUAUGGGAAUCGUAUCAGAGCUCGCAUGCCCGUGGACAGGUAUGCUUCUGAUUAUAAUAUGAAUCAUCCGAAGCGGGGACUGGCCUUGCUAUUCAAUCACGAGCAUUUUGAUAUACCUCAGCUAAAAUCUCGAACCGGAACCAACGUUGACUGUGAAAACCUAGCUGGAGCGCUUAAAUUUCUCGAUUUCGAUGUGAAGGUUUACAAGGAUUUGAGAUUGGGCGAUAUGCAGAAGGAAGUGGAGAAAGUUGCGAUGAUGGACCACACAGACCAUGAUUGCGUCUGUAUUACAAUACUUUCGCACGGAGAGCUUGGCUAUUUGUACGCGAAAGACUGCCAGUACAAACUCGAUAUCAUAUGGUCAUAUUUCACUGCCAAUCGCUGUCCAACGUUAGCCGGAAAACCGAAAAUUUUCUUCAUUCAGGCAUGCCAGGGAGAUCAGCUCGACGCUGGUGUUUCGUUAGCCGAACGCACAGAGACGGAUAGCGCCGGAUCUAUGAGCUACAAAAUUCCAGCUCAUGCCGAUUUUCUGAUUGCUUAUUCGACUAUUCCGGGAUUCUACUCAUGGCGCAAUACUCAGAAGGGAUCCUGGUUCAUGCAAUCACUUUGUCAUGAGUUGAAUCAGCACGGUAAAAAGUAUGAUAUAUUAACGUUGUUAACAUUCGUUGCUCAACGGGUGGCCUAUGAUUUUGAGUCUAACACGCCUGAUAUUCCUAUGAUGCAUCAACAGAAGCAGAUUCCGUGUGUGACCACGAUGUUAACAAGACUUCUACGUUUUACCGAUAAGUAAUAGUAUAUUAUUCAUUAGUAUUAACAAUUUCGCGUAUCGGCUUAAAUCAAAAUAUUGACCAUAAAUUUAUAAUAAGACAAGAUACGCGAACGUGACACUGGCUGUUGAUUGAUCGGAGUUUAUUCUUUAUGCACUUGUCGCAUUUUUAGUUUAAUAUCCAUUAGACAUUAAGAUAGGACUGAAUUUAUUUGCGUUCCACAUUAAGGUGUCAGCAUUUUUAUCCAAUCAACGCUUCAACUCUAGAAAUUCUCCGUUCAGGUUUGUAAAACAGCUUUUGAACGGGAUUUUCAUACGCGUUUUUGAGCGUAUUCUCCAUAGAUAUUUUCCUAAUUAUAUCCUGUUUAAAUUAGAGUCUACUUAUUUUCAAGUUGUCUGAUUUAUCCGCUAUAGCUUUAAGGAAUUUAUACUUAAAACUCUAUUCUGAUGCGAUGGUGAUUAGUGAAAAACAAUUACAGAAAAAUUGUUGUAUUGGUCCAAAUGAAUCAGCUGAAGAUGGAAGAUAAACCGGAAGAAAACAGAACUGCCAAUAAAGUUAUUCAUCCACGAUUUUAUGAAACGAUAGAGUGUAAUUUAAUUGGAUUUGUUUGGAACUAGCAAAAAAAAGUAAUGAGCUCAUUUUUUAUACAGAAUGGUAAACAAAAGACUAACAGGGGAGAGUGUGCGCGUAUGAGUGUAAGAAUUCGAAUAAUCUUUGAAAUUCCUCUAUGUUCUCUGGGAGCGAUUAUUGACACUGCUGAAAAUACUAGACAUUUUACCAAGUGAACCAACUUCUGCAAACGAAUCGACUGCGUCGGAGCGGUUUGAUUGCGGCGCACAAUUCGAACCUUUCGAUGAAUCGAAGGUAUAUAAUAAAAUAUAUAAAACUGUUGGCAGGGUAAAUUAUUUUUCCACGAAUUGUUACAGAAGUUGAAUCAUAUAAUAGCACGUAAUUUUAAGAACAAAACAAAUCUUCACAAGCUGAUAAAAUAUGGAAUGCAUAUAUUUAAAGUUCAAAAUCAAAUAUAUCUCUCA